AAUUUUCGAAGACCUUCUGACAUUUGUCAAAUAAUUUCAAGCGAAUUCUUUUCCUCUCUGUCAGUGUGUAGAUUUUUUCCGUGGAAGUACCCCCGCAGCCUAAGAACUCUCUUCGAAAAUGCGUUUGACUUCGUUUUUGAAUGGCCAACAUUUUGGCAAUUUGUACAAAAUCAACGGUUUGGUGACAUACAAGAUCUCACCUUUCGAGCAGAAGGCAUUCGCCGGAGCCAUCAGCAAGGGUGUCCCUAACAUGGUUCGCAGGUUCAGGUCCAAUGUCUUCAUUGUAUCACCACCUUUCAUUGUUGCAUACCUUGUCUACAACUUGGCCGAGAAGGAACACGCCCGUUUGCAGCGCAAGGACCCAGCUGAAUUUGCCAAUGACGAAUAGAGCGAUUGUGUUGGCUGCGUAGAUUUUAAUUGGCGUAUUAAUUCCUUUUGUUAUGUAAAUAAGAUAAUUGCUGUGCGAUUGUGAGGAUCUAAAGCCAAAUGGUCGUAUAUCAAUAAAGAAAAAACACUUGGAACAUAACUU